AUGCCUCCCGUGCUGUCAAAGAUGGACUCACCCACCUCGUUUGGGCUGAGUCCCGUGCAAAAGACCGAGAUGAUGACCUGCAUACAUACGGCCAUCGAAGACCUGCGAAUGGAAGUGAUGCCAUCAAAGGCCAACCAAAAGAAGAAUCCGAGAUUGAUCCCGCAAAUCAAUAUUACCCCUCCCUCUACUACUGCUACUGCUACUCCUCCUGUUACAUCGACCGCCCCAAUUUUCGACGCUGGGAAGGCUAGCAAUUGGGUAAAUUCUGAGAUCGGAUAUUUCUUUCCCGACCCAACUCGUGACGAGCAUGUACGGAUGGUGGAGGGCGCCCUUUUCUUUAGCAAUGCCCUUGCUUUUGUCAACCAUCUCCGGGCCCUGUCUGCCUUCAAGAACGAAAACACUAUCCGUCUGAACAUCUACUCUUGCCUGCGAGGCGAGGCACUGGAAUGGUUCAUCUCCGAGCUUUCGCAGUCCGAGAGAGAGAAGCUCCGAAGCUCGUCUCUGGAGGAAGGAUGGAUUGAAACUCUAAUGAAGCGAUUCAAGACUCCCCCAUCUCACGCCCUGAAGACUCUGAAGAGGUCCAAGUACAACUGGGGAGAUGUUCGAUGCCAGCGCUCUCUGGUCAUGUGGGCUCACAAUAUGUUGCGUUUGGCCCAGGAAUCGAACGAAUACCCAGUAGCCUGGCAACAGAUACACGCAGUAUGGGACCAGAUUGAGAUCCCGAUCCGAGGAAAUGUCAACGAGCCAUCGUCAGGGACUACUGUUGCGAGCUUCAUGGAAGAAUUAGACGGAUGGUACAAUCUGUGGCGCUAG